GAUUGGCAGGUAAUGGCGGCGGUGAGGAGACGCGGCUGAGGGGAGGAGGAUAGGAAAAGCUGAUCGAUCGCUCGAGUCGCCGCCGCUGCUUCUCUCUCUCCCUGUCUCCGGGGCUCCGGCCGCCGGCAUGUCGGCCACGGCUCGCCGAAAGCAGGAGGAGAAGCACCUGAGGCUGGUGCGCGAGCUGGGCGCGCGACCGCACAACCGGCAAUGUUUCGAGUGCGAGCAGCGCGGGCCCACCUACAUCGACAUCACGGUCGGCAGCUUCGUGUGUACCUCCUGUUCGGGAAUCCUGAGAGGCCUCAAUCCCCCUCACCGAGUGAAGUCCAUCUCCAUGACAACCUUUACUGAACAGGAAAUUGAAUUCCUUCAGUUGCAUGGCAAUGAGGUAUGUAGGCAGAUCUGGCUGGGCCUGUUCGACUCCAGAUCAUCAGUUAUCCCGGAUUACAGGGAUCCUCAAAAAAUCAAGGAAUUCCUGCAGGAUAAAUAUGAGAAGAAAAGAUGGUAUGUUUCUCCAGAGCGCGUAAAGGUGUCUGCAACCACAUCAGCCACCACCUCACUCAGCAGCAGGAGCAGCACGCCUGACAUCAAGCCACUGAAGAGUCUGGUGGGAGAAUCAACUCCGGCCCUGAACGUUACCAAAACCAUCGUCAGUCAGCCUGUGAGUCAGCCACAGAUGCAGCAGCCACAGCAGCAGCAAGCAAAGAAGUCACAGCUGGAUCUUCUGGCCGAUAUUGGGGGUGACCCUUUUGCCACCCCUGCACCCCAGCAGGCUUUCGGAGCUUUCCCUGGCUUUGGAGUCCAGCAAACUGUGCAUCCUGGUUUUCCGGCCUUCAAUGCAUUCGGUGGCAGUGGAGCUACAAGUAACGUUGGAAGUUUCCCUUCAGCCAACCAAGCCCCGUUCCAGGCCCAGGCUACAACAGGUGGUUCGAGCGGCGCUAACUUUGCAAACUUUGAUACCUUCCCAAAAUCUUCCAGCACUAGUUUUGGAGCGUUCACUAGCCCUCCUGUCUCCUCUGUGCCCGCAAGUUCAACGACUGUCAGCUCCAGUAAAAAUGCCACCUCGCAAGCCGACAAAUACGCAGCGUUGGCAGAUUUAGAAAGCAUCUUUAAUGCCCCUAAAUCCACUCCAGGUGGUCAGAUGUCCAGCUUCAGUUUCGCCUCUUCAGUCUCAACCGGCCAACCUACAGUCUCAUCGAGCCAAUAUGCAGGAGCCGAGUAUAGCAGCGUCUUCAGUAUUGGAGUGCCUUCAAGUCAUGCCAGUGCUGCCACUAGCAGUAUCUCCGGGACUGGAAGCCAAGUGCCUACACAGCAAUCCACACCAAGCAGUGCAUCCAGCUUUGGAGCUUUCAGUAAUCCGUUUGCUGCUCCUGUCGCACCGCAAGCAGCUUCUACCAAUCCCUUCCAGACCAAUGGGAUGGCGCCAGUGUACGGUGGACUGCCCGCUGGAUAUGGGUCGGUCCCAGCCACCUCGGUCCCUGGGAGCUUUGCAGGAUUUCCGCAGCACCCGUUCCCACAGCAACAGACCCAGCAGCAGCCACAGGUCUUUGCUCAGCAUGAGCAGCCAUUCGCAGCCCAGCAGGGAUUUGGCCAGCAGCAGCAUGCGUUUGCCCAGCAGCACUCCUUCCUGCAGCAGCAAGCCUUCAGCCAGCAACAGAAUGGAGCUGGAUUUGGUGCCUUCGGGCAGCCCAAAGUAAUGGCGCGACCAAUGGGGCCGUUGAUUCAAGGAGGUGGAGCACCUAGCAACCCAUUCAUGAGCGGAGCCCCACCUGGACAGUUUGCAGCAGGAAGCGCAUCCACCAACCCCUUCUUAUAGUGACCUGUAGUACUUCCAGCAUGUGGCUCUUCCAGAAUCGCCUUAAACCACAAGAGUCAACCAACAGCUGUAACAUACGCGAUGCCAGUACACACACGUUUCUAUACUUCGGUGGUGGGUGGGUGGGAAGAACCUGAGGGUGGAGACGGAGGCGUUGAAAUAUUUCUAUAUUGUAGCCGUUCAAUGUAUUAGCAACCAAAUACCAACGCAGGCUAUCUCGGGUCUCUUGACGCAGCUCUAGACACUCGAGGGAAAGGGGCGGGGAGGGGGGAGAGUGGAGAGCCAAGAUAGUUGCAAGCUGCAUCUCACUCAGGCACCAUCUAUGCAGGGGAGAUUUUCACAUUGCAGGCAGAUGAGGCAGUGGAAGGGUUAAGUAGCUGUGGGGCAGAUGAUGAGAAAAAUCCCUGCACUCAACUCAGGCUGGGUCAUUUAAGCCAUCAUCCCAGUGACAUUUUGUCCUUUAUUUUAGCACAUACGUUAAUAUCAGGCCAUUACAACACCACCACCUCCCCCCCCCCCCCCGAGACACCAGUACUGCACAACCUAUGCUUGACACUUCCCAUACACCCAGUUUAGAGCCAGUUUUUUGGGUAGGCUGGGGGUGAAGAGGUCCCUUUCAAAAGUGGGACAGGGUAGCUAUUUGACAAUCCAUUCUUGAAGCUGGGCAAAUUACAUCUCUGAGAAUCCUCGGAGGACAUUCUUCCAAGGAACUGGAACCUCUCACUCAUAAGCGAGCAAUGGGGAGGGUGCCUGGCCGGCGGUUCGUAGGAGAGGUAUUCGCUCUCUACUUUAAAGCUGAGGGAAUCUACCAGCCAUCUUGAAUCUGCUGCAAUAAUGAUAUGAUUUCUCUUGGCUGCAGAAACAGGGACCUUGCCUGACCCCUCUGCUGAUUUGGUCCCCAGUGGGGGGGACAGGCAGGCUGUAAUACCCUUUGCCUGCCCUCACCCCUUUUCCAUCCGCACUCCCCAAACAGUCCCCUCAGAUAUUUAAUCCCACCUACCCUCCUUCCCUUUGCAUCAUUACUUUUCCCCAGGGGCACUCUCUUCCCUUCAGUGUGGGCUGCUGUAUUAGAAUCUCGGGCUUGUUUCUGUGUCUUCUUAUUUUUUAAAAUUGUUACACCAAUUCUGCUGUGUUCUACUGUUCAUUCAAAAUAUAUAUUUUGUUCAUCAAUCGAUGCAGGUUGCACCAAUCCUCUUGAUUCAGCUCAGUCUCCAAGUCUGUGUGUCACGUGCGCAGAUGCACAGGUUCAGGCGCAUAGGCAUGGAUACAUGGACAUAGACACACGCACUGACACUUACAUGUGUACACUUACACGUGUACAGACACUUGCACGCGCAUAGGCACCUGCGCACGCACUGACACUCGCGCGUGCACUGUCACACACACACACCUUAUAAGGGUGCAAAAGCUGUUUCCUGUCUGUUCCAACAGACAAGAAAGGUUCUGAUGGAUUAUUGUGAGUGUAAAGAAGUUCCUUCUGAUGGAGCAGAAUGCUGUCACUGGAACGUUACUCUGACGAUGCCUUGUCCACUGCUCUUCUUUGCUUCUCAGUGCUGCUGGGGCAGAGAGCAGGAGAUGUGCUUGUGGGUGGCCUUACGUUUGCCUUUUGCCUCUUCAUUUUUUUCUUGUUUUUUGUUGUGUGUGUUUCAUCCUGAUCUGGCACGUCCAUUGCCGAUAGGAAAAUGAGAAGACUGAGUCACUCAGCAGGUUCACUGUUGAGACACACUCUGGUCAUAUCUCCAGUCCCUGUGCAGGCUGGCUCCUCUGUCGGCCACUGACUGACUGGGUGCACUUCUCUCGUUCACCCAUUGAUGUAGUACGGGUAUGAUGCCAUUAAAUCGGGCAAUUGCUACAAUUCCCUCUAUUGGCAGAUCAUCCACAGUGUAAAGAUUCACAUCAAUCCCAGCAAAGCAUGUCUUAAAAACAAGGUUAUCAUCCACUCUUUUCACUUUUUAUUUAAAAGCAAAAAUGCUUCCUUCCUAUCUCUACUAUAUUUAUUACUGUUACAGUUCCUCGGUGCAUGUGUCUGAAUCUCGCGGUCUAGGCAAUCUCCCCUUCAUUACAUCCCAGUGUUUGGUUGUUUGAACUCACUUAAGCCUGUGGUUGAGAUGAGAAAUUUCAGCCACUCUGCCUGCUCAGGGUUGCUAAACCAUUAAGCCCCUUGUCCUACUUGCUGUCCCUUGUUGAGGGCAAAACUUGGGUCUGAAAACUUCCCAUCAUAGCAUACUUAUAACACAGAUGGAGACCAUUUAGCCCAUGGGAGCCAUGCCAGCUCCUAUUCCCCUGUUAGCCCUUGCAAAUUAUUCCUCCUUGGGUUUGUCCAUCAAUACACACGGGGGGCGGGUGCGAUUAGCCUACUCAUCCCACACGUUCCACGUUCUUGGGAAGUGGGAGGGAAAACAGAUCAUACAGGGGAGCCCCAACAGUCACAGGGAAUGCAUGUAAAUGACACACACACACACACACACACACACACACACACACACACACACACACACACACACACAUACCAGUGGAGGGCGAGAUCAAGUCUGCGUCCCUGAAACCAUAUAAGACCACAAGACAAAGGAGCAGAAGUUGGCCAUUCGGCCCAUCGAGUCUGCUCUACCUGCUGUGCACCAGUGCGCCGCUUAGUUCGUAGCCUGAGCUGGUUUGGCUUUUGCCCCUUGGUACCCUCUGGGGGAGGGCUAGAUUUCUGAUGCAGUCCAUGGGCCGCUGACAUCCCAGUGGUCAUGGGACAAGGCAGGAGGUCCUGGCCCAGUGGCCCUUCAGUUGUCCUGCUCCAUCACAAACCAAGCCUUGCUCAGGACUGUUGAUGCAGUGGAAAGCAUUCCAUGAUUUUGAUGCUUGUCAUUAAAACCCGUCCCUGGAUCAAAGUAACAUUGAGAGGGAUGUAGGGAGGGAGGGGGAUAUUUUUGCAGAAAUCUCCCACCGAGUGUGCCUGGACGUGAAGCCAGACAAUGGUCCCGUGGACACCCUGACAGAGACUGUUUAGAAUGACCUCCAAGUGAAAAGGUGGCAGUUAUUAAUGCAGUCCUUCUGUGAGAUCACGACCUUCUGUGGAGAUGGUGACUAUUGUCCUGUGUUUUGCUUUGUCCUAAUUGCCAUGGAGACAGACCAGGCCUGGAGUCACAAGAAGCCUGCAACGCCCACCCAUGGGUACCUGGGUCUUGUCACAGUUCCCACCACACUUGAUUAUCACAGUUAUGGCCCAUUCCACAAUAAAUACUACAUUUGUCGUAUGGCAUGGACGCAGUGAGAUAGAAGCAGCCAUUUUUGUUUUACAAAAGUUUGGAAGGUGGGAUCUAUCCAUGCAAGCUGUGUGGAAUAAUAACUUUUCGCCUCCUAAAUUUAAUGGAAUCUUCCAUGAAAAUUGAAGCUGAAUCCUUUUAUGUAUAUUCUUAAGAAUGAAAGAAAGACGUUGAAUACUGAAAUAUUCAAACUAUUUUAGAACAAUUCUAAAUAUUCUUGUCUAAUGCCAACAGUCACAACUAGAGGUUAGGACCAUGUUGGAGAGAUAGGGAAAGGGUUAAUCUCCAGAUAUGGACAUUGCAGUCAAGGCUGAUGUUUGGCUGCUGGGUUUAACGUGGUGGUUAUGGGCUUUUUGGUUCUUUGUGGUGACGUUGAAGGGAUGGGUUGCAAGUCUAAGAUGAAAUGGUGCGUGACUCAGGAGGGAUAGUGCAAGUUUGUGCAUUUUGUUCAGCUCCCACCCCACCCCAGCCCCCUCCCCCCCCACUCUAA